UGUGCCUCACGCCGCUCCCAAGAGGUUACGUUCUGUCAAAUCUGCGCCAUUGGUCCUCUUUCCCUGCUCCCACGAAGUCCUGUCAACCCGCACACGCUCCUGCAAGGAAACAAUAGCUGAUAUUUGACAUCUGGAACGGCCCCUUUCUUCCCCCGGGGCCAGUAAAGAUGUCUCGGAGUGUCGCAGUCUGGGCGGUGGUGGCGGUGUUGGGAGUGUCUUUCGGUGCCUGGAUGUGCCACGGCUGCAACGAGGUGGUGUGUGCCAGCAUGGUGAGCAAGUGCAUGCUGACCCAGGCCUGCAAGUGUGACCUCACCAAGUCCCCGGAUAAUAAUUGCACGUGUUGCCGUGACUGUGCUAAGUGUCUGGGCUACCUGUACACGGAAUGCUGCUCCUGCCUGGGCAUGUGCGAACCGCGAGCUCAAGCACAUGACCGAUUAACCGAUUCCCAAGUUGGCGAGCUCCCCGAGUCCUUCCCGCAGCUCUUCCAGGCCCUCACCGGGGAAAAGGACAUCUUGCUGCGCUGGACCUCCAUGACCUUCCCUAUCGACAUUGACCUCACCGACAUAGACGCCACGACCCUCAACAGGAGCAAGUAUAAGCUGGGGGUGGUGCCGGACGGACACCCUCAGGACACCACGCAGCUGGACCAGGUGACCGUCAACUGCACGGUGAUGUACAUGUCCCAGUGCAUGUCCGGCAACAAGUGUAAGGAGACCUGCCGGACCACGGGCGCCACGGCCUACAGGUGGUUCUUCGACGGCUGCUGCGAGUGUGUGGGCAGCACCUGCGUCAACUACGGCGUGAACGAGAGCAGGUGCAUCCAGUGUCCCAAUGUGGAAGAGGAAGAGCAUGAUGAUCAGCUGACAGACCAAUACCUCGCAGGUGGCUCUGAGCCCUUCGACGACACAGAGGCCCAGGGUGUGGAGAACUCAGAGGAUGCAGCAAAGUAAAGACAGACAAAGGAGGCAGCAGAGGAACAACGGAAAGGACACAGCCACAGUAACAAGCGAUGGAGGACACAUUAACAAGAAAGAGUGCAACCAAGAAGUGACAAAUGGCGAGAUGGAAUAGUAAAAAAAAAGACAAGAGAAUGUGGAAAAUUUAAGUAACAGAAUAUGACAAAGAAAACAGAUGAUGUGACAAGGACAGAGAAAAGAUGUGAUAACUGAUGGAGGACAGGACAAAGAGGUAACAUGAAAGACAAGAGCAAAGAAGUAGAAUACCAAGAGGAAAAGGAAAGAACAAAAUAAGAGCAAAUGAAUAAUGAAUGCCAGAGAACAAGGAAAAAAGUAACACGUGGUGGAGAAUAGAGAACAAUAGUGACAAGACAGGGAAAAAAAGUAACAGGGUAUGAAAGACAAUGAAAAGAAACAGUGAUGAGUGAGAGGACAAGGGAAAUCAAUAGCAAGCAGUGGAGGAUGGAAAGUAGUGAUAGAACCAAGAUGAAGUUAUAGAGCAUCGAGUUUAAAGAGGGACAAGAGAGCAGGGGAGAGGAACAUGACAAAGUAGUGAGCAGUCUAUAUUCCUUGAUAAUAGUGAUCGGACAUGACAGUGGAGAACAGGGAGAAAGUGGUAGUGGGUAGUAACUGAGGCUGAGCAGUCGUAAGUAAAAGGCUAAAUAUAUCUACCUUUUGGCCAGGCUUAAAGGCAAUAGAUAUUAAAACCAGAUCCACGUAUAAGAGAAUAGUCAGAAUACCUUUAGCUUUUACAUACUUAGGUGCCCAAGUGUGAUUUCUUUAUGUCAAAGUUCAGUUAUAUUUUUUGUACAUGAGAGAGAGAGAGAGAGAGAGAGAGAGAGAGAGAGAGAGAGAGAGAGAGAGAGAGAGAGAGAGAGAGAGAGAGAGAGAGAGAGAGAGA